UCGAGUAAAACGAAAAAAGUAAUAUGUAAAGAGAUAAUGGCAUCGCGCAUACGAUGGAACGUCGAUAACCGUAGUAAACGAUCAACCAACGGCAAUGGCAACGGCAACGGCAACGGCAACGGCAACGGCAAUGGCAACGGCAACGACAGCAUUACUAACGACAGGAUGGAAGCGGAAAUAAAGAAAGACACCAAUCCAUCAUCCAAGAGUGAUCUUUGUCGAGCAAUCUCUCCGAUAUAUUAUCUCGGUAAAGUAUGCGGUUUGGUUCCUGUUAGAUUCGUUGCAAACACCACUGGAGGAUUUCAAGCUCGCCCAAAUAUUUUUGAUCUCGUCUAUAGCUUAUGCGUGUUAACGUUACUGCUCGGUGCAGAAAUUUGGGGUCUCUGGCGAGAUCUGAAAGACGGUUGGGUACAUAGCACUAGACUCAAGUUUCGAACGGCGGUGAUCGCGACGUGUAGCGAUGUUCUUGGGGUAAUGAGUUUAACCGUGGUGUGCAUCGUUGGCUCGCCUUUUCGUUGGAAACACCUGCAAGUAGUUGUAAACAAAUUAAUCGAGGUGGACAAGAAAGUUGAUCUCUCCUCGACUAAGAAAAACGCUCGUAGAUUUACCAUAUCUUUAACCACCUGCAGUCUCCUCUAUCUCUGGUUCAAUUCGACUCUUGACUUUUACAGCUGGUACCGAAAAACCAAGGUGCAUCAAACCAUGUCCGACAAAGGUCCGAUCAACUACGCACCCCUCUAUUUUAUGUACACGGUCAUUAUUUCCACCGAGAUUCAAUACACCGUCUCGAUCUAUAAUAUAGGAGAAAGAUUCGUCCGAUUAAAUAACAGUCUUAGAAAGCUGUUCGAUACCGACACUCUCGCCAAUUACUUGAGAAAAUUUCCUGAAAUAGACGAGCAUGUUUCUAAGAAAACAUCGACCGACCUACCUCAGAGACCAUUCGAAUUGGCCAGUUAUCGAGUUUUUCCAGAAUUACACGAAAACAAAAGCUACGUAAACAGUAUAUCUGAACUGAGAUGGAUUCACUCCUCGCUUUGCGACACGGUCUCUCUUAUAAAUAAUACGUUCGGUGCCGUGAUACUGACCGUUACCGUAACCUGCCUCUUACACCUAAUCAUCACGCCAUAUUUCCUAAUCGUACAAGCUGGUGAGAAACACGAAUGGAUAUUUCUAUUCGUACAAGUUGGAUGGUGUAUCUUUCACGUAACCAGAAUGUUGAUGAUCGUUCAACCUAGUUAUUCUACUGUUGCUGAGGGAAAGAAAACGGCUAUUCUUGUUAGUCAGUUACUCUCCUCCACUUUCGAAACCGACACUCGACGCGAGUUGGAAAUAUUUUCACUGCAAUUGUUACAUCGACCUCUUGAAUUUUCAGCCUGUGGACUUUUUUCUCUAGACAGGACUUUGAUAACCUCGAUUGCAGGAGUCGUAACGACGUAUCUUGUUAUACUGAUACAGUUUCAAAAUGCGGACGACACCAAGGGCGACGCUGAUAUCAUAAGAAACGUAACGCAAAUAUUCAAAAAUGUUUCACCCCUUCAAAAUUUCACGGGAAUCAAGAUAAUCGCUUGAUUUUUCGUUAAUGUCGUAAUUAAGAAGAGCGCAUCACAUAUGAUAAUUUGACAUUUAAUAUACCAAUUCUCGUAAACA